UAGCGUCUGAGAAUCUCACACAGGGCGGGAGGUUCACGCCGAACUGUGCCGCGCUCCAAGGGAAGGUUUAUCCCGUGUUCGACCGGGAGGCAAUGCUUCAAUUCAUACCGCACCAUGCGAUGGUCCACAGAGAAGAUUCUGAGAUGCGAAUCAUCCAUCCGGGCAAGAUGAGCAUCCUUUUCAUGCUGAGAGAACGCAACUCUCUAGGGCAACUACUCGGCAAGGGUACGUACGACAGGAGCUCGAAAUACGUCUUUCAUUUGAAUGCAGGGCAGGUUGGAGAUAUCAUAGCCUGUGACCGGCCCACUCUAGUCCUCAACGGUGACUACAACCAAAGUGAUGCCCGUGUCUACUUUCGUCUGCAUGAGAGAUACUACCGCGAGGUGACACUGGAAAGGUCAGGACACAGCGAGCCCAUCACCGUCAUGAUGCCGGAGCCCGAGUUCUUCACCAUCCGGGCUAUGCUCAAGGGUGUUCUGCCGAGCUUCUAUGGUUGGGAUCUGCUACUACACGGUGUUACAGUGCGACCGGACAGAUUUAUGGAAAAACUUGAAGAGGAGGAGGAGGACAUGAGCCAUACUGCUGUUGAAGAUGCAUCUCGAUCUAGGGCUUGAUGCUGUCCCUCGUGCCGCAUCCAUAAUAAUGAUAUGCGAUCUACGAUGGCAAUGAAUUCGUUUCCUAUCUU